GCUACGAUUUGUUCUUAUUUCUUCCACAGUGGCUGAUAGGCGUGGGAAAACAAUGAUAAUUGCUCUAUAAAUCUUACCUUUUUAGAGAUAUUUUACGUUGCGACUCUCAAAAUACGAACCAAUGCAGUUAGAAAAAACUUAAAGUGAAAUGAGUCUUCGAGGAUCAGUAACGUUGAAGAACUUCUUCAUUUUCAAUUCUAAUUAUGGACCCAGGGAAGGAGAGGAGGAAAAAAAGACUUUGUUUUUCUACCCAGGUGACACAGAUAUAGAUACACAGAUCAAAGCAAUUGGCUUGUGUGAAGCAAUUGUCAAAUUUUCCGAAACAUUUUCUGACAAAUCAUGUGAAAGUUUGCACAUGCUAAAAACUAGACAAUUAUUUUUAGAAGCUGAAAAGGAUUUCUGGAUAAUAAUGACAGUAUCCAUACCAUUCAAUGAAAAAACAAAGGAUGGACAGUCAUAUAUAGAAUAUAGAGAUGAUGAUGUACAAGAUUCUGUUUAUCAAGCAGUAUUACUACAAACAUAUAAAAUGUUUAAGCUAUUUAAUGGAACUUUUACAAAUAUACUAGCAAGAUCCAAUAAUGAUGUAGAAUCACUGAAGAAAAGAUUGGAUCAUUUUUUCUCAAGGUUUUUGUUAACUUUAAAACUGCAUCAAAGUGAUUUAUUAGACGUUUUUAAUGGGAUUUAUUUCCUACCUUUGGACAAAAAUACGUACCUUCAAAUACAGUGUUUAAUAAAUAGAUUAGAAGCUACAUUCCCUAUUGUCAAAUAUACUGCAUUCCUGUAUAAUGAUCAAUUAGUAUGGAGUGGUUUAGAGCAAGAUGAUAUGAGAACUAUGUAUAAAUAUCUAACAACGAGUUUAUUUCCUACACAUUUAGACCAAGAAUUACAGGGAGCAACAACUCGAACUUCUACAUCAUCUCAAGGCUCAGGACAUUUUGGAAAAUUUGUGACUGGUCCGACAAAUCUGGAUGAUCCCGAUUCCCAGGGUAAAAUACCACGGGUAUUUAUACAUUCAGAAAUAGAUAAUGAAGAAUGUUUUUUACUGGUAUACAAAGCUUUAAGUGCGACAAUGUGUAUGUUGAUAAAUGUAAAUAGUAUCAUGAAUUUUGACUUCUAUAGAAAGACUGAUAGUUUUUUAGGACCACAGAUGAGUAAAUUAGCAUCAGAUAUUACAGAGCAAUAUCCUAAAAGAUCAGCAGCCAGUAAUGCAGAUACUCAAUUUAAGUUUAUUUAUUUUAACCACAUGAACCUUGCUCAGAAAACAACUCUACAUAUAGAUAUACGUAAAUUAUCUGGUGUAAAUAUACCCCAAGAAACAUUAAGAUUAUUAGGAGAUAUUAAUGCUGAUUUAACAAGAAAUAAUGAAGAUGGAGAAACAAUUGUUAAAACAGCCUCAGAUUUUUGGGUUGUGGGGAAAAAAUCUGAUCAAAGAGAGUUUUAUGUGGUUAUUAACCAGAAAAAUGCUAAUUUAAUUGAAAUUAAUGAGGAAGUGAAGAAAUUGUGCUCUACUCAUCUAAACAGUAUUUUCUUUUUAGAUUAAAUUUAAAAACGAAUAUGAUCAUAGGUUUAAAUGUGUAUAUAUUUGCUAUUGAUUAUGUACAUAAUGUAAUAUAUAAGUAAAUACUGAAAUGGUUUUAACCAUCAAGGAAAAAUUAAUAAUAACAAAACAGUCAAAGACAGUUUUGAUUUAUUUGAAACCAGUAAAUAAAAGAAUGUAUGUAUGACAAAUAUUGUUCAUAGUGAAUUAUAUUUACCAAAAGUGCAAUAAACUGAUAUUUAAAAUUAUUAUUAGAGAAUGUGUUGUACCGCAAAUUAAUUCUUGGAGUCAGACAAGUAAUGGUUUGUGUGAAACAGUCUACUGUAAAGAAUAGCUUGAUUUGUUUUAAUGAAAAUAAUGCAUAAUCUCCAGUCUUUAAAUUAAAAUUUACCCAAUUAAAACAUUCAAUAAUAAA